UCCCUCUUACCUUGCCUACCUUUCUGGUGGGCUCCUUCUGUAUCGCCGUUCCGUAGACACAGCAACAUCGAAAACAGCUAAGUGGGCAGUUCCGGGUUUGGGGCUGGAAUUGGGGCGGACUCUCGGAGCGGGCUACUCUCGGGAACCCGCCAUCUCCUGCGGCAACCGCCGCUGCGGCUAACCCCUCCAGGGCAGGGAAGGAAAACGCUGUGGAAAGGCUCGCGCAGUCCCAGUGCCCCUCGUCAGCUAGAACGUUUCUGCCAAGUCUUGGAGAGCUUUAUGCUCGGAAAGGAAGAGGAACUGGCACACACACAAAUAUAUAUCUACACCUAUAUAUUUACAUGCAUGUAUAUCAGAUAGGAGAGUGUUGACUUUUUGUCAGCUUAACUGAACAAGUGACAGUUUUGCCGGAGUCCCCUUAAGCCCGAGUCAUGUCGCCCCCAACUAUGCCCCCGAUGGGCGUUGAUGGCGUGUCGGCGUACCUGAUGAAGAAGAGGCACACCCACAGGAAGCAGCGGCGCAAGCCCACUUUCCUCACUCGUAGGAACAUAGUAGGCUGCCGCAUUCAACAUGGCUGGAAAGAAGGGAACGAGCCGGUGGAGCAGUGGAAGGGCACAGUGCUCGAGCAGGUUUCGGUGAAGCCUACUCUCUACAUAAUCAAAUAUGAUGACAAAGAUAGUGUGUAUGGACUAGAACUGCACCGCGAUAAGAGAGUUUUAGCGCUAGAGAUCCUUCCUGAGAGAGUGCCAACCCCUCGCAUUGAUUCGCGUUUGGCAGAUUCCCUAAUUGGCAAGGCAGUGGGGCAUGUGUUUGAGGGCGAGCAUGGUACGAAGGAUGAAUGGAAGGGCAUGGUCCUGGCUCGAGCCCCUGUGAUGGACACUUGGUUUUACAUCACCUAUGAGAAAGACCCCGUCCUUUAUAUGUACACGUUGCUGGACGACUACAAAGAUGGAGACCUACGCAUCAUUCCAGAAUCCAACUACUAUUUCCCUACGGCAGAAAGGGAACCUGGAGAGGUGGUCGACAGCCUGGUGGGCAAGCAGGUUUAACUCUUUGACCCAUCUGGAAUUUACUUUUGUAUUUAAGAAGGUAGAGGAGCAACAAUACAUUUUUCACAUUGGACACCUUAUUAUACUCUUUUAUAUUAGAUGAAUCAUGUGUUUUCAAAUUCUUAAACCAAUUACCACAUUG